AUGGCUACUGAGCUCCAGGCCACUACAAACGAAAAAACCUGCUUUCAACCACCAAAUAUGGGCCAAAAUCACCCUGAGGAGACCCUAAUGCUUACCAGAACCAAAUGGGGUGAAAAACAAAAAAAGCUCAAGCCCAAAAAACCCAGGAUAGGCAUUGAUAUCGGCGAGCUCUUGCGGCAGGCCCAAGACGCCUCGGGCUCUAAAAUUGCAUUCCUUUACGGUGGAUGCUCAGAUUUCUACGAUGAGACAUCGGAUGAAGCAGAGGGGAUACCCUCCCCAGCCCAGUUGGAUGCAGUCCCAACCGCCCGCUGCGACCCCCACACCGGUGAGCAUGGAGGCCAUAAGAGAACUGAUGGCGGAUCACCACAAAAAAAAAUAAAAAAUAUCUCAAUCCGGGAAACCCUGCAAGGCUUCAAUAGAAGGCUUGGGGCAGUGGAAAACACCACAGACACCCAUGACUGCCAAAUAACGGAACUGCAGCGAGCGGUUCAGGAGCUCAAACAGCAGAAUCAGCUUAACGAGCUACAUUUGCCACACUGGAAGACAAACGCUGCCUAA